AUGCAGGUCGGUGAAGUGAGAGUGGCAGAAGAUGCUGAUUUUAAAAGAUUGAAGACUUUGUGUGACGAAAAAGAUGGCUGGAAACAAGAAUACAACAAAAAUAACACGUGCGUGUGGACUAAAAAUAAUGAUGUGUCAGACUUCAAAAUUAUCAAGGUGCGGACAUUAUUCACAGAUGUGAAGGCAGAAGUCCUGUACGAUGUGUUACACGAUCCCUACUACAGGAAGACCUGGGACAUGUCCAUGCUGGAAGGCUAUGAAAUUUGUGCACUCAAUCCAAACAAUGAUAUAGGAUACUAUGCAAUGAAAUGCCCUUCACCUCUUAAAAACAGAGACUUUGUUACACAGCGUUCCUGGCUUGAUCUUGGGUCAGAGUUUUGUAUCCUCAACCAUUCUGUAAACCAUGCAAGUAUUCCUGCCAGGAAGGGAUUUAUUAGAGGUAUCUCCUAUAUUACUGGCUAUCUGAUAAGAAAGCAGGACACGUACACCUGCCAGUUUAACUAUGUUUCACACUCGGAUCCUAAAGGAAAACUGCCAGUAUGGGCGGUCAACAAGGCUACCCAGAUCCUUGCUCCUAAG